GAAUGUUUUGGUUGUGAAGUGCGACCGAUUAAAUUAGGCUCUCAGCACAGAUCAUUGUAGCCCGAAAAGAGGGACUUUGGAGAUAACGAGGAACCUGAUGAAGGAUGUCUUAAUGCAAUCUUUGCUCCUGCUCUAAUCCAAACCAUCCGAUUUCAUCCGCCGCUUCGCUGUUCCGACAACAAACGCCACCUCCCUAUUUUCAGCUCCCCUCUCUCUCUCUCUCUCUCUCUCUAUCUCAACUGUAACAACGACUCGCCACGCCCAUCGAGGCAGAAGCUCCAAGAAAAGCAAGGCAAUCAAGAAAGCCUAGGGUUUCUCAAUUCUCUCUCUCUCUCUCUCUUUCCCUCCAAAGUGCUGGGGACCUUCCCGCGGAAAGAUAAUCUUUUUUUUCCCGAGAAAGCGGUGGAAAAUCUUUCCUUUCCUUUUGCACGGUCCACCUUGUUCGGCCGCGGUACGAAGAUUCGUUGUUUUUUUCUCGGGUAAACGUCGUCGCGGGAAGAUUUCCACCUCCAUUUCCCAGCUCUUGCCGAGGGGCGAGGUUCUAAUUUCCUUAGUUCGUCUGCUUCGGAGAUCAUCGGCUUGCGGAUCUGAGAGGAAUUGCUGGUGGGUGGAGUUAAAGAGGGAAGGGAAAUUGUCGCUGACGAAUCUAGAAUCGAGAGAGGUGAAUUUGGAGAGAUCCAUUUUUCUGCAUAAUUUGUCUUGGAUUGUGAGGUGAAUUGGUUGGGAAGAAUUUGGAAUAUCUUUGGGUUUUAAUGCUCCUCGUUUAUGGAGUCGCAAGCAAUAGUACCUCUGAGAGAUUUAGCCCAAUGUUGCAGCUGCGGGUGUACUUGCUCAUCGUUAGGCACUUCUUCUGAAACUUGGCUUCGUUCAGUGAAACGAAAAUAUGAUGAGUACGAAGAUGGCAACAGAUUGUUUGUACCUGGGUUGGAAAUCACAUCUGUGGCCAGAGUUCAAGCUGAAAAUGAGAUCAUUGCGCUGCGUGAAAUGGUUACCAAUCAACAGCAGGUUAUAGAAGAGUUGUCUACUGAACUGGAUGAGGAGAGGAAUGCCUCUUCGUCAGCUGCAAACGAGGCCAUGUCCAUGAUUUUGAGGUUGCAGAGGGAGAAGGCGGAGAUCCAAAUGGAAGCACGGCAAUUCAAGCGUUUCGCGGAGGAGAAAAUGGGGCAUGAUCAGCAGGAGAUGACGGCACUGGAGGAAUUGUUGUACAAGAGAGAGCAAGCAAUUCAAUCCCUGACAUGUGAAGUGCAGGCUUAUAAGCAUAGAAUGAUGAGUUAUGGACUUACUGAGGCAGAGGCAGAUGGUGAGAAGAGUCGUGGGUAUAGCCGGAGCCAGAGCAUGCUUGAAAACUUUGAUGGUCAAUCGGAAUAUCCUCCAUAUGAUUAUCCGCCCUUGAGAUGCAAUUUAAAUGAAAACUACGGUCCUUUAGAAGGUGAGAAUGAUAGCACUGACAUCGAGAAAUAUCCAUUUGGCGAGACUCCCCGUGGUCCGGAGAAUUUGAGGGACUUGGAGUAUAGAAUUCGCCGAAUGGAGAGAAGUACUAGCAAUGAUCAGUUGGAUGGUGAUCUCCCUGAUGCGAAAAACACCGCAGAGAAGGUCAUGGUUGGUCAAUCUCCUCGAAGGCCAAGGCACCUGAGGAGGUUUUCUAAUGACAGUUCAAGUUCCUUUCUAGGAAUGGGAAGGGAUAAUGGGAAUGAAUUGGCUAAGGAUUCUCCACGACCCAACAUUAGCAUCAAGAGAAUGGAGUAUAUAUCUCGAAAAGAUGAUUACUCUAACUUGAGAACACUGGACCAAACAUCAGAACCUGGAGAUGACAUGAGCGAUAGAAUUUAUACCAUUGACUCUGUUCAUAAUGGAACUCCAGAGCCCAAACCAGUUGUUGGGAUCUGUGAUGAUUAUAUGACUACUCCGCGGGAAUCGAUGAAUCGAACUGAUUUUGGAGAUCCGGAUAUUAUGAAGCUCUAUAUGAGGCUUCAAGCACUUGAGGCUGACAGGGAAUCGAUGAGGCAGGCAAUCAUUUCGAUGCGUACAGAUAAAGCACAGCUGGUAUUAUUGAAAGAAAUAGCUCAACAUUUGUGCAAGGAAAUGUCUCCGGAAAGACGGAUGCCUGUGGUAAAGCCAUCGGUCCUUGGAAGCUUUUCCUUUAUGUCAAUUUUUAAGUGGAUUGCAUCCUUUGUCUUUUGGAGGAGGAAGGCUCGUAGAAGCAAGUAUAUGUUUGGAUUAUCAGCAAGCAAUAUCGGUUUGCUGUUGGCUUUGGAUAAAAGUCCCCAAAUCAGGCAGGGGAGAUGUCUUACAAGUACGCAAGUUUGAAAGCAGUUUUUUGAAGUUUUUCUACAUAUUGCAAGCUUGUGCUCAUAUUUGGGAAGUGGAUUUAGUUAGUCUGCUUUUUGGUAUUCACCCUCUUUUCACGGCUUCCUUCUUCAUGCCAAAUUUGGAUGGCAUUGUGCAGCGUAAGUUUGUAUUAUUUUUUCGAGAUCUAAAGAUUGAGUUGCUGCUUGGUGAGUGAAUCGCAGAUACUGCGAAGCACGUGCUUGCCCAUAUGAUUUGUUGGAUUUCAACUCCGAGGUACCAAUCUAUGGUUGUCCUCCCUGUACAUUGCUCAUUCUUGUAAUGUUUCCACUCAAAUGUGCAGUGCCUGUAUUCUUUUUCCCCUUCACAUAGCUAGUCUGUUCUUUUGAUGUUCUCAUUUGAGGGUUCAUAUUGUAUAUAUUUUGUCAGUUUUUAUUGAAAUGUCUAGUUUCUGUUCUUUUCUAGGACCCUUUGAUUUGGUUCCAUACUAUCUAGUCGUUCAAUGUGUUCUCAUGUGCAUAUAUGAGAUACGAAAGUAGCGGAUUUGGGAUAAGCAAUUUGUAUGCAGUCCAGCUGGGAAAGACCUCCAUAAGGACAUUCUUUUUUAUUUGUCAUUUUGAGAAUGAUAAUGCCACUACAUAAACUUCUCAGUUCAGUGGGAAGAAACGGA